AUCGCUACGAGCACAUCAACAAUAUAACACAUCGCCUUCGUGCGCAUAGGCGUGGAAGCGCAUCAAUACACAGAUUAACAAAUGGAUCGUACUCGCAAGUUACAACUCCCAUACCUGUAGUCCGUUGUUGAUUAAACUAGCUGCGGCGAUCCAAGACAUACAUGGCGCCGUCUACUUUCGUCUUGCUCUUCGCUCUCCUCCUGGCCUCUUUGGCAGCUACGUCGGAUGCCUCGUUUGACCUCCGCGCCGAGCUCAACCAUCCCUAUGCCGGCAGCCCGCUCUCAAACCACGAGAUGCUCCGCGACGCCGCCAUGGCGAGCAAGGCCCGGCGGCGCGCGUGGAACGACGCCGCUAGCGUGGCUAUAGCGGCGGAUCAUGGCGCCAUCUCCGACGCCGACGUGCUGGUCAGGCCGUUCGGCAGGUCGGAGCACACGCUGACCGUCGGCGUCGGCACCCCACCGCAGCCGCGCACGCUCCUCCUCGACACCGGCAGCGACCUCAUCUGGACGCACUGCAAGCUCUUGGGUGGGAAGCACCGCGAGCCGCUCUACGACCCUGCCGGGUCGUCCUCCUUCGCCGCCGUCCCCUGCGACGGCAGGCUGUGCGAGACGGGCAGCUUCAACACCAAGAACUGCUCCAGCAACAAGUGCCUCUACACCUACGACUAUGGGAGCGCCACGACCAGAGGCGAGCUCGCGUCCGAGACCUUCACGUUCGGCGAGCACCACAAGGUCUCGGUCUCCCUCGACUUCGGGUGCGGAAGGCUCACCUCCGGCAGCAUCGACGGCGCCUCCGGCAUCCUAGGGAUCAGCCCGGACAAGUUAUCCUUGGUGUCGCAGCUACAGAUACCGAGGUUCUCCUACUGCCUCACUCCUUUCCUCGACCGCGAUACAAGCCACAUGUUCUUCGGGGCAAUGGCCGACCUGUCCAAGUACAGGACCACAGGGCCUAUCCAGACAACUUACUUAGUGAGGGACCCGAGUGGCAGAAACUACUACUAUUACGUGCCCUUGAUCGGCAUCUCUGUUGGGACGAAGCGACUCAACGUGACGGCGUCGAGCUUCGCCAUCGGGCUCGAUGGCGGCGGCGGCACCUUUGUCGACUCAGGAGACACGACCGGCAUGCUUCCGUCGGUGGCGAUGGAGGCCCUUAAGGAGGCUCUGGCGGAGGCCGUGAAGCUACCAGUUCUGAAUGGCACGGACCUUGGCUACGAGCUCUGCUUCCAGCUGCCGAAAGGCAUGACUGUGGAGGCGGUGCAAGCGCCGCCGCUGGUGUACCACUUCGACGGUGGUGCCGCCAUGGUGCUUCCGCGAGAGAACUUCUUCGUCGAGGCGAGCCCGGGGGAGAUGUGCCUAGUCAUCAGCUCGGGUGGUGCCCGAGGGGCUAUCAUCGGCAACUACCAGCAACAGAAUAUGCACGUCCUCUUCGACGUGCAGAACCACAAGUUCUCCUUUUCGCCCACACAAUGUGAUCAGAUUUGAGCCGUGAAAUAUGAACCCCCACUUUGGAUUGGAGUUGCAUAGUGCAGAAAUAGCAGACAAAAUCAAGCUAUUAGAGAUGGCUCGUGCAUUCCGAAGUCGAAGCCAGUGCAAAGGUCAUAGUAGAAUAAGUAGCAUCUCUUGCAGAUGGCGUGUACUUGUCAUCCUUAAGGGAUGCAAGUUAAAAAACUAAUCCGACUUUUAGAGCAA